AUGGAAGAGUUUUUGACAGUCUUUAAUUGUUUAAAAGAUACCUUUACCAACAGUACAGAACUAGCUACGAAAAUCGUACUAGAUGAAGUGGAAUGCGAAGACGAAAUUUCCGAAAUACAAUCCAAAAUAAUUUCCAGAUCCAAAGCUAUCAAGGAUGCUCUGGAUAUCAUUGUACAUGAUAACAUAGAAAAUUUGACCGCCAUAAAACGUUCCUUGAUGUCUGACUUUCAAACUCGCAAAGCUAUACUUUCGGAUUUCAUAUCAAAAAUAAAAUAUCUUCUCAAUAAAUAUGACGAUGUCGAAUCAACAGAGCUACCAGUUGAGUUUAUCAUGACUCAGAAAGAAAAAGUGGAUGCCAUGAAAAAAUUGUUGAACAUUCCAAGAUUUUCGGAGCCCUUAAUGCCAUGUUAUGAACAGAUUGACUUCCAAAAAAGUGAUAUUGAAAUCUUAUUACCAAGGGUAAGCAAUUUAGGCAUAGCUUGUCGAGAAAGAUCUCCAAGAACUGUGUCAACUGCAACAUCUUCAGAACGAUCACCAGAGAGAGUUACAACAGAACGAUCACCAGAAAGGGAAACAACAGAACAAUCACCAGAAAGGGUGACAACUGAACAAUCACCAGAAAGGGCGACAACUGAACAAUCACCAGAAAGGGUGACAACUGAACAAUCACCAGAAAGGAUGACAACUGAACGAUCACCAGAAAGGCCGACAACUAAACAAUUACCAGAAAGGGUGACAACUGAACAAUCACCAGAAAGGAUGACAACUGAACAAUCACCAUAA